AUGUGGGGAAGUGUGCCGCGGCGACGCCUCACUUCCGCGACGCGCCCCCUCGCCUCGGUGCCUUGGCUUGGUGAUGGAGAUCCGACAGAGUGGGAUGAAGAGGCGACGACCGCGACACCGAUCCUCACCGCGCCGCUGCUCGAGGCGGAGACGAAGAAGUGCUCCAAGAAGACGGUGGUGGAGGGGGCGAAGUUCCUGCAGGCCGCCAAGUACUACUUCAACCAGAUAGCGGCUCAGAAGCGCGCGCGCCUCCGCGUCGCCUGCGACGCGCUCGCCGCGACCCGACCCCUCACCUCGGUGCCUUCGCUCGGUGAGGCGACGCCAGCCACUUCAAUGGGAUACCCGCUCAGAAGCACUGGACCGGCCUCAAGCUCGGAGCCGGAGAUGCUGACGUUCCUGGAGACCGCAAAAGACUACUUCAAACCAGCUCAAGGAGAUCUGCACAACAAGCACUGGAUCUGCCUCAAGAACUCCUUCAACAACGGGAAAUGCGGCUCGGCGCCAGAGGUGCAGGAAAAAUGCUACAAGAAGACGGUGGGGGAGAAAGCUACUGCAUUAACCAGUUGUUGCCCAUGUAAAAGCACUGGAUCAGCCUCAAGAACUACUUCAACAGGAAGUGCGGCUUGGUGUUCGGCUAGCAGAAGGUCGAGCCUGCGGCGAAGCCUGCGACAACAGGAUAAAUGAGGGGAUUCUGAUCGUUGUCUUGCAAAGCAGUUUAAUCGCACUGAAGGUGUUAUGUCUGAUCACUGUGGGGAAACAAAAUGUAAAUAAUCUUUGGGUGUUCUACGGUGAACCCUUGAGACUUCUUUGGUCUCCCCAGAAACUAGUAUCAUAGUAUGUCAUGGUAGUGGUUUGGGAAUGGUUAGCCCAGUAAUUCGUCACGAGCACUCAGUGCUGAUCGGCUUCAAGUUCGUUGAAUGUGAACCUCAAUCUGUGCCUUAAAUCGAAUCGUCACCCAAGCUAUUUGCCAUGAGUUCGUGCUUCUGGUUACUUUGAAUUGAUGUUCAUUGCCUGUGUUCCAUCUUUCCAUUGAGCUGUUAUGAUCCUUAGAUUAGAUUCCAAAUGACUGAGUGUUUUUCCUAUUAUGAUUGUUGAAUUGAAUGAGGAUUAGCAGUUCA